AUGGAUUUCAUUGCUAACGAUGGCGACGCGGUUGCGUCACUGCUUGCGUCACGGCGAACAAUAUAUCUGCUGAUGCGGACAGCGGCGAGACACGCGACACGUCGCAUUACAGCUGCAAGUGGUAGUGGUGGUGAUGGGGUUGGAAAGUCGCGCGCCCUCGACCUGAGCCAGCUCAUCAAGGAUGCCGAGGAGAAGACGAACGAUCUCACCAACGCUAUCCUCAACACGACGCCCGGCAGUACGGCGCUCAUCAAGGAGAUUGAGAAGCAGCUGGAUUUCUGGGAGUGGAAAACUGACAUUGCCAAGCAGAUGAAAGCAGCGUACGACCACGCAAAUGCGCCCGACCCACCGACGGAUGUGUCGUUGACCGUAAGCAGUCCGACGUCGUUGCUAGUGCGGUUUCAGCAGCCAGAGGAUUGCAAUGGCGCCCUUGUGACGUGGUAUAAAGGUAACGCGUGAGAUUUCUUGCCUUUCUGCGAGCGUACUUGCCUGCGCGGGUGUCGCGACC